AUCUAUUUAAGGUCAGGAGGAGGAGGGUCAUCAUCGUUAUUCUCCAUGUGAUCUGCUGAUGUGCGUAGGAAGUUUUCCAAACAAAAUCGUAUGAUUCAGUAUCAGUGAAAAAAAAUAGAUUUUCACAGUAUUUAAGCCAGCAUCUUGAGCACAGUUAUCAUCAGUGAUCUCACGUUUAACCAUCUGCACAGAUCUCCGAAGAAACAAAAUGAGUAGCCAAAAAGUAAUCGAUGCCAUGUCUGACGAAUUUGUUAGAAGAAUAGAAAUGAAAAAAAGUGUCAUCAGUAUUCAAAAUAAUGAUAAUUACUGCUUUCUGUGGUCAGUUGUAAGCGCGUUGUAUCCUGCAGAAAAAAAUGUAGCACGACAAUCAUCAUAUCCUCAUUUCAGUAGAAUAUUGAAAUACGACAAUAUUAGAUUUCCUAUACAUUUGAAAGAUAUACCCAAAUUUGAGAUUAUGAACAAACUAGGGAUAAAUGUCUUCACACUCGUAGGCAAUCGAAUGAAUGAAGUUGUACCAUUGAUACUUAGUAAAACUAAUUUCACGCCUAAAAUCAAUUUACUUAUGUUUUCCAAUAAUGAUGUUUGCAAUUGGAAUGCUGACACUAUUUAUCAUUUUGCGUAUAUAAAAAAUUUGUCACGCCUAAUAUGUAGACAAAUAGGUUGGAAAGAUCACAAAAAAUGGAUUUGUGAAAGGUGUCUAAAUUAUUUUUCAAGUGAAGCUUAUUUGAGUAAGCAUUCUGAAGAUUGUAAACAGCUUAACAGCACUAAGAUCGUUAUGCCUAAUGCAACUAAUAAUAUUAUGAAAUUUAAAAACUUUCACAAUAAAUUAUGUGUUCCUUUUACCAUUUAUGCAGAUAUUGAAAGUAUACUAAUGGAUUAUAAUGAUAAUGCUGAUGAUAAUAGUGCAAGCAAGACACAAAAGUGUCAAAAGCACGUGGCUUUCAGCGUAGCUUAUUAUCUUAAGUCGAAUUAUGGAAAUAAAUAUUCUUCCAAGUUUAGAUUGCAUACGGGUGCUGAUUGUCAAAGUUGGUUUGUUAAUGAAUUGCUCAACAUUGCCAAUGAACUUCAUAAAGUUUAUCAGGAAGCAGAACCAUUAAAACUGACCAGUGUUGAGCAGAAACUUUUCCGAUUGGCUUCCAGUUGUAGUAUUUGUGAGAGACCUUUUGACGAACACGAAGUGAAAGCUAGAGAUCAUUGUCACUUCACAGGUAAAUAUAGAGGAGCAGUACAUAUGUCUUGCAACUUGAACUAUUCAAAUUCACUUAUUGUACCUGUGUUGUUCCACAAUUUUUCUGGAUACGAUGCACAUUUCAUAAUCAAAGCUCUCAGCACUGAUAUCAAGGGCAAUCUCACUUUAUUACCUUUAAAUAAAGAGCGUUAUAUUUCGUUUACAAAAUCCAUUGCCGGUACUAAAAUCAGUUUUCGAUUUCUUGAUUCCUUCCGGUUCCUACCUAGUAGUCUGGAUAAAUUAUCAUCAUAUCUAGAUCAUCAUCAAAAGAAAAUAGUAAGGGAACAUUUUCCUGAAGAUGCUAAGUUUAAGUUGGUAACAAAGAAUGGGGUUUUUCCUUACGAAUAUCUAAAUUCAUGGGAGAAAUUAAAAGAUACAAAGUUGCCAGAAAAAGACGAUUUUUUUAGCACAGUCAAAAACGAAGCUAUUUUGACUGAUGACUAUCAGCAUGCACUAAAUGUUUGGCAGGCAUUUACCAUUAAAGAUCUUCAGGAAUACGCUGAAUUAUACUUAAAAACUGAUGUUUUGCUGCUUUGUGAUGUUUUCGAAAAUUUCCGUCAAAUGUGUAUGCAGACAUACAAUUUAGAUGCAUUGCACUAUUAUACUACGCCAGGUCUAGCCUUUGAUGCUAUGCUUAAAGUCACUAAUGUUGAAAUAGAGCUGUUGACUGACAGUGAUAUGGCUAAAGGUAUCAGAGGAGGUAUAUCUCAAUGUUCUAACAGGUACGGUAAGGCUAACAAUAAAUAUAUGAAUAGUGAAUUUAAUCCUGAUUUACCAACUUCGUUUUUGAUGUACUACGAUAUAAAUAACUUAUAUGGAGCUGCAAUGUCACAUUCUCUACCAUAUGGGGAUUUUCAAUGGAUUCCAAUUGAAAACAUCUCUAUUGAAAAUAUUUUGAGCGAUGAGAAAAAUGAAUAUGGGUACAUCCUAGAAGUUGAUCUACAUUAUCCUCUUCAUUUACGCGAUCUACACAAAGAUCUGCCAAUAUGUCCUGAGCAUUUAGUACCACCUACUUCGUAUUCUGAUAAACCAAAAUUGUUAACAACUUUGUACGAUAAACAAAAGUAUGUCGUCCAUUAUACAUUACUAAAACAAGCUACGCAACUGGGUAUUGUCAUCAGAAAAGUUCAUCGUUGUUUGAGAUUCAAACAGUCCGCUUGGUUAAAAAAAUACAUUGAUCUCAAUACAGAGCUGAGAAAGCAAAGUAAGAAUGAUUUCGAGAAAAUUUUUUUCAAAUUAAUGAAUAAUUCCCCUUAUGGCAAAACGAUUGAAAAUGUUAGGAAAUAUAAAGACAUCAAGUUGGUAACUAAGUGGUCAGGAAGAUAUGGUGCAAGUUACUACAUUGCACAACCUAACUUUCCUAGCUGCACUAUAUUUAGUAAAGAUAUGGUCAUAAUUGAAAUGAACAGACUGAAAGCUACAUUAAACAAACUAAUUUUUAUAGGUAUGUCAAUAUUGGACAUAUCUAAAACUUAUAUAUAUGAUUUUCAUUACAAUUACAUAAAACACAAAUUCAAAGAUGAUUCAAAAUUGCUAUAUACUGAUACAGAUAGCUUAAUAUAUCAGUUUUCAAAUAUUGAUGACAUUUACGAACACAUCAAAAAAGACAUUGAUAGGUUUGAUACAUCCGAUUAUCCAGAAAAUAACGCUUUUAGAAUUCGAUUGAAAAAUAAAAAAGUCUUAGGUUUAAUGAAGGAUGAAAAUCAAGGUCGAAUAAUGACACAUUUUAUUGGGUUGCGUUCAAAAAUGUAUGCUUUGAGACUUCUACCUGAGCCAGGUGAAAAAAAAGACUCACAUGUUAUUAAAAAAGCUAAAGGAAUUCAGAAGAACUGCCCAAGUCCUAAACCAACAACAACAACAACAACGACAAAGGACGACUAGAAAGGAUGUCUGAUGAGCGGUGGCGGCAAGAGAGCGGAUGGAUUCCUGGCAAAUCUUUUUAUUCGAGAAAAGGACCCCAAAGAAAGAGAAGUUGGACAUACGCUAUAGCACACGUCAUCGAGGUGACCAGAUGUGGUGUAUGUGGAAAAAUUAUACAUGAACGACCAGCGACCGCCGUAAAUGGCUGGGAACCACAGAAUGUAUUUGUCAGAUUUUGUCCUGUAUGCUUUCAAGCGAGACCCGGCAUCCAAGAAAAAAGAACAGAUUGGGUAAAAUAUUAAAACAAUA